AUGUCUGCUAUUCUUUCUCUUCUAUUCACUAUCUGUCAUCUCCUUAUCUUCAUAGCUUUUUAUACAAGUUAUGGUGCUGCUAAUGAUUCUUUAUUCCCAAAUCAAAUCCUCUGGGAAUAUGAGAAUUUAGUUUCGUCCCACCAAAAAUUUAAAUUAGGAUUUUUUGGUUUUUUUUCACUACCUGUAUGCAAGAUAUACCUGGGAUUGUGGUACAAGAGUAUAGGUCCCGGUACUGUUGUAUGGGUAGGAAAUAGAAUGAACCCAGUUGGAUGUGGUGCAAUGCUUGUAGUUGACACAGAAGGACGCAUUUUUCUCCAAGAUGUUAUAGGAACAGUCGUUUGGAUUUAUAAUCCAAACCAGACUGUUCCCAGACCAGUUCUGAAGCUACUGGAUUCAGGUAAUCUUGUGUUUGGAGAUUCUACCAAUCUGACAGCUGGAGAGUACCUGUGGCAAAGCUUUGACCACCCUGUUGACACAUUGUUACCAGGAAUGAAGCUCGGCUGGGACAAGAAAACUGGUAUCGACCGAUCCAUGAGGUCCUGGAGGGCAAGUGAUGAUCCAGCUCCAGGUGAUUAUUUGUUCAGGUUAGACUCAGGUGACUCAGGUCAGUCACCCCAACUAGUUCUUGAGAAAAACCAGCGAAUAAAUUCAAGGUGGGGUCCUUGGGAUGGUCAAAGAUUCAGUGGCGGUUAUGCCCUCAUGGAUAACCAGGCAUUCACACCAAUAUUUAACUCCAAUACGGAUGCGAUUUAUUUCACAUUCGAAGCCAAGAACGACUGGAGUUUGAAACUUUCAUUAAAUCCAGAGGGGAAAAUACAGUUCCUGAAUUGGAAUAAUGCUACCAAUAGCUGGGGUGGAGUGAAGACACUGAAUAUGUACAUAUGUGACCAGUAUAGCACUUGUGGGCCUUAUGGAGUUUGUAUUGAUGAAGAUCUCCACUGCAGGUGUCUUGAUGGUUUCAAAGCUUCAUCACCAGAUGACAAGAUGAAUUUUACCCAAGGAUGUAGGAGAAUAAACCCACUUAGCUAUACUGAUAAAGACGUGUUUGUGAAGAAUACCAGACUGAAGUUGCCUGAUAAUGCAGCUUACUGGGGAAUGUUGUACCCCCAGGAAUGCAAGGAGAAGUGUUUGGACAAAAGAUCAUGUAUGGCCUAUACUAACAUCAAUAUCAGCGGAAAUGGAAGCAAAUGUCUCGUUUGGUUGGGAGAUUUACUUGAUAUGAAAUAUUCACAGAAAGCUGGGAAUGACAUUUUUAUACGGAUGGCACACGAAAAACUAGAUGCACCUGUUUCCCAUGGGAAAAGCAAAUUGAAAAAGGAAUGGAUAGCAUUUGUUUCUAUAAUCUCAGUGCUGGCACUACUCUUGCUUUCAUAUAUUAUGUUUCAACGUCGAGCAAGGAGUACAGAGGUGCUAGAUAAACCAGAAACCAAUCAGCCAGAAAAUUCUGUAGGAGCUUUGAUGCAGGGAACGGAUGUCAUUGCAUAUGAUUCCAGUGAUCUAGCUGCAGCCACUAACAAUUUCUCGCUGGCUAAUAAGAUAGGGCAUGGUGGCUUUGGCAAUGUUUAUAAGGGUGUACUAGAGACUGGAGUAGAAAUAGCAGUGAAGAAGCAGGACGUGGCUUUGUGUCAAGGAGUUGAGGAGUUCAAGAAUGAAGUCAAAUUAAUAGCAACGUUACAGCAUCGUAACCUAACCAAAUUGUUGGGAUACUGCAUAGAUGGAAUAGAAAAAUUCCUAGUCUAUGAGUUCAUGCCGAAUAAUAGCCUAGACAAGGUCAUAUUUGAUCCUGCAAGAAGGGGUACAGUAACAUGGCCAAUGCGCUUAAACAUUAUCAAAGGAAUCGCAAAAGGACUAGUUUACAUGCAUCAUGACUCAAGGUUGACAAUAAUCCACCGGGACUUAAAAGCUAGCAAUGUCUUGCUAGACAGAGAGAUGACACCCAAGAUAUCUGACUUUGGAUUGGCAAGGUCAUUCGAACACGAUGUUGAAUUAAAGACUCAGCAUGUAGCUGGAACGUAUGGUUAUAUGCCUCCUGAAUACAUAAAAGAUGGACAAUAUUCAACAAAAACAGAUGUGUUCAGUUUUGGAAUUUUGGCAUUGGAGAUUGUGAGUGGCCAAAGGAAUUCGACUUAUCGGCACCCAAUCCAUGAUAUUGGUCUAGUAGGCUAUGUAAGUAUAUCAUCCCCUGUUUCACUUAAAUUGACUUGGAGAAUUUGGAAUGAAAGGAAUGUCAUAGAACUACUGGAUCCAAUGAUAGAAAAACCAGGUGAUUUGAAUGAAGUUUUAGGAUGCGUCCUUGUUGGGAUCUUGUGUUGUCAACGGCGAUCCCAAGACAGGCCUUCAAUGGUUCAGGUGAUUUCCUUACUGGAGGAGAAUGAAAUGUCAAGGUUCAAUUGUGUGCCCCGGGAACCUUACUUCUAUAAGGAGUCGAGUCACAGUAGCAGGAGUCGCAAAAGUGUGAAUGGGCUAACUAUUACUGAAUUAACCGGAAGGUCAUGA